UAAUUGUUAUAAAGGGUGUCGAACCAUAUCGUGACGAUUGACAACAUGCUCCAGUUGUCAACUCCCUUCGUGUCGUUCAACUGUAAUCUUCAAGACUUUGCAAACAUAGUGCCAUGUCACAAACUGCAAAUGAUGGACCAAGUUGUUUUGCGGACUACCAUCUCUGUUUGCUCCCCAAAGGCGGUAGGCAAGAGUUGUGGGGAGCCGAAAACAUCCGGCCGAAUGAGCAAAAGCAGGGCCACAUCGAUACACGCAAGGAGAGUGAGAAAGUCCACUACUCCACUACAGUCGAAGGGUGUGUCAGACUCCGCAAAACAGGCACAGUCACAUGUUGAAUGUGCUGCUCACAUUUCUUUGUCUCCCACUGUUGGGACCACUGACCAUGAGGAUGAUGACGAAAAGACAAAGGAUGACUCGCCCUUUCUGCAGCCGGACGGUGAGUGGUGGGCCGAGGGCGACAACGCGAAAGACACAGAAGACGACGAUGACGAACAACGGUUUCUCGACGGUGCAGAAGGUGAAGAGGAAAGCUUAGAGGAUGGUUGGGCCCAAGGCGAUGGUGGUGAAGACAAAGAGGAUGGUAGUCACAAAGGCGAUGAGAGUGAAGAAGAAGAGGACGAGGAUGCAAGUGACGAGGACAGCUACGAAGGCGGAAGCGAAGGAGAUGAGGGUGGGGCGAACGACAACGACGGUGGGAAUAGUGGUUCACAGAAACGGCAGGAAGAGUAUUCCCAGUCCCCAAGCCAUCACGGCCCAUCCGAAGAAGACGGUGUGUUGCAUGGCAUACAAAAGGUCUGUAUGCAUGCGCGAAAGGAAAAUGAAAGCUGGGAGAACUAAGGAAGAGAAGUGGAGAAAAGCUAAGCUCAUCAGUGUGCAUGCCUCAAAGGAGGUCUACAGGAAAUCCGUAAAGGCCCAAUCCGCUAAACCAGCAAAGGGAAAGCGUGAACGCCCUUGAUCUUCCCAGAGACCGAAGAAGAAAGAAAAGGCUGAGGAGACAACGAAAGUGGCGGACUCUGGGGACGAAGCAGCGGGGGUUGACCCACAACAUACAACAUCGAAGCGAAAAGAGUUAACCAACGACACUAUCAACACCACGAAAUGUUUUUUCGUUGAAUACAACGCAGACAACAAUGCGAUAGAUCGGCCUACCCAAAAUUUUGUCGAUGCCGUCAACAUACUGCCCAACCCAUUGGAAGGCGUGCAAUAGAACCAUAGGUUGUUGAACGAGAUGUUGGUCACCUCCAUUAGGGACGCAAUGGAACACCCAGAAAAGAAGAAGGAGUGAGACCGAAAUACAUCGAUUCCUGCUCCGGUCGUACAAGUGGAGAAUAAAGGCCAAAACAUGUG